ACAAAGAAAACGAACCAUUUUUCCAUUGUUAUCAAAAUAAAAAGGAAACCCAUUGAAACACGCACUGUUUUACUCAACCUCACACUGUUCAUUCACUUUUCUGGAAAAGACCUAGAUUCCAGAUAGUGUUUUGCAUUUCUUCUCAAUGUGUUAAGCUUGAAUAUUCCUUCAUAUCUAAGAGCUCUUUGCUGUGUCUUGUUCUUUUUUUUACCUGCUUGAGUGGAAGUGGCAAUGGGCAAGAAUGUGUUGAUUUUGAGUAUUGCACUUUUGCUUCUUCUUCUUCUUGGAGGUGUCACUUCAGCUGCCACUACUACUUCACCUGCAAAGAUCGUUAGCGGGUUCUUCUCUAAUGGUUUGUCUCCUUCUAUGAAGUGGUUAUGGUCACUCAAAUCUACCACUAAAACAGCAAUUACUGGCCGUCCGAUGAUGAAGUUCGAGGGUGGAUACACAGUGGAGACUGUGUUUGAUGGAAGCAAGCUUGGAAUUGAGCCUCACACCGUUGAGAAUUUGCCCAGUGGGGACCUGUUGAUUUUGGACUCUGCUAAUAGCAACCUUUAUCGGAUGUGUAGUUCUUUAUCUCUUUAUAGUAGACCGACGCUGCUUGCUGGAUCCCCGGAAGGAUAUCCCGGACAUGUCGAUGGCAAGCUGAGAGAGGCAAGGAUGAACAAUCCUAAAGGGCUAGCUGUAGAUGACAGAGGCAACAUUUAUAUUGCAGACACUAUGAAUAUGGCAAUCAGGAAGAUAAGUGAUUCAGGUAUUACGACAAUUGCUGGUGGGAUAUUGAGCCGGGGAGGUGGGGGACAUGUAGAUGGACCGAGUGAAGAUGCAAAGUUUUCUAAUGAUUUUGAUGUAGUCUAUGUAGGAAGCAGCUGCUCUCUUCUUGUGAUAGAUAGAGGAAACCGAGCAAUUAGAGAGAUUCAGCUGCAUUUUGACGACUGUGCUUAUCAGUACGGAAGUGGUUUUCCUCUUGGAAUCGCCGUUCUUGUCGCUGCUGGCAUCUUUGGUUACAUGUUAGCUUUGCUGCAACAUAGAGUGGGCACAAUUGUAUCAACCCAGAAUCAUCAGGAUUCGGUUAAAGUAAAUGCUGCCGUAUCGAGUCCAUAUCAGAAACUGCUGAAAUCAGUCAGGCCACCUUUAAUUCCAACCAAAGAUGAGGAAGAGAAGCAAGAAGGCUUCCUUGGAUCCCUUGGGAAGCAUUUUGUCGACGGCGGUGUUUCUGCUUUGGAGAUUUUCAAAGGUGUUUUCCCCGGUUUUAGAAAGGAAUCAGUAAGUUAUCAAUAUCAGAGCCAGCACCAGCAACAACAGAAGCACACAAUGCCUUGGCCUGGACAAGAGAGCUUAGUGAUCCCACAUGAAGAUGAACCCCCAUCAACCGAUGCCCGAACCCCUACUCCACGAAAAACAUACCCUUUCAUGUCCAAAGAUGCAGAUAAAAUCCACCAGUUGCGCCAAAGUCGGGCCUUCUACAGCGGAUGGGAUGAUGAUACGCAACCGCAGCAGAAACCGCAGCAUCAUCACCAUCACCAUCAGACAUCCACCCUGCAAACGUACUAUCAGCAAAAUGAUGAGAAAACGAAUGAGAUUGUUUUUGGGGCAGUUCAAGAUAAAGAUGGGAAGCGAGAAGCCGUGGUCGUAAGGCCGAUUGAUUAUGAUCAUCGCGAUUUCCGGUUCCGGUCAAAUAUGGGUUACAAUUAUGACUAUUAAAUUACACAUCAGAGAUUUUGGAGUUCCUCACCCAUUCAAAGCUUUAUGUUGGUCCAUAGAACAUGGGAUAUAAUACUAGUUAAGAUUUUCGGUCUGAUGUUUUGGAGCAGCUUAUGUUUACUUAGGUUUGCACUCUCAGCUGACCUAAAUUUUGUAAGGCUUUUGCUAUUAUUAUUUCAUUAAAGUCUCUCAUUAAUUUUUC